AUGCGUGUCUGUUUCGACGGCUUUUGUUUCGCCUCCCUCGGUGAGGACGAGGAAGGUAGCGACACCAGGCUUCAGGAAGGAGUAAAGCAACAGAUCUGUGAGUGUGGUUUGGUUGAUUGUGUAUGCCCGCCGCUGUUGACAACCCUCAGCAACAAGUCGUCUUGUGAUGUCAACAGUCAACAGCUAAAUGACAACCAAUUUGCCGGCAGUCUGGUCUCAGCUCUGUUAUGGCCAGCCGCUUUUGAUCUGUAG